AUGAGCAAGGCAAUCCUCAUCUUUGACAAUAGAGGAAAGCUGCAGCUCUCCAAGUUCUACCCGCCCUACAUGUUUGUGGAAACAGACAAAUAUCUUGAAAAUGUCUCUGAACUGGAUUUAAUAUUCCACAUAGACAAGGUUCAUAACAUUCUUGUGGCAAUAGUGAUGGGUGGAAUGAUAUUAGAGACCAACAUGAGUGGGAUUGUUACAAAAAUUGAUGCACAAAAUAAAUGGGAGAAAUUUGAGUCUGGCUUAGUGGUAGCUCCAGUUCAUGCUGCAUCAGCUGUAAGAAAUAUGAAUCUUCCUGAGAUCCCAAGAAAUAUUAACAUUGAUGACAUUAGCAUAAGAAUGCCAAACCUGCCCUCUUUUAAAUAA